AUGGAAAGCAACGGUAGCGCAAUGAACGGGAAUUUGGCGAAAAGUCAAGAGAUUGAACUUUCCGAAUCAGACUGGCUAUUCAGUAGUCGUCAAACGCAGAAAUCGGACGGAGAUUCUUUGGACGAGAAGAGCGAUAAAUAUAAAGCAUGUAUGGGAACCACGAUGGGACUUCUAGCCGGUGUCGGCCUUGGCAUUUCCGACACGUUCUGUGUGGUAUGUUUGUACUACGGCCUGUCCCCAGCACAGGUGUUAUUGGUGAAAUCAUUGAUUAUGUUAAUAGUAGUUAUACCGUUACUAUUUGUGCAUAAAGUAAACAUUUUAAAAGUUUCACGAAGAGAUGUGACAUUGAACGUAAUGAAAGGAUUGUUCGAGAACGGCGGUGAUAUUUUUUUCUAUUACGCUCUCGCCUGGGCUGGACUCGGCGACGGCACAGCCAUCGCAGCUGGAGCCUUCCCCAUAUUCACGCCGUUAAUUGCGUGUGUCUGUGUACGCGAGCGAUGUAAACUAACUGACUGCAUAACAAUUGUAAUAAACGUCAUCGGUAUUAUACUCAUCUCACGACCAGAAUUUAUCUUCGGAUCUGAUCCCGAUACUGUUGGGGAACGUAGUGACAAGGCUGCACUGGGGUACGUCAUGGCUAUUUGUGCCAGUUUUUGUCUUGCGUCCGGAGCUGUUUGUGUGCGUGGAAUGAGUAAAGGUUUAGAGUUAGUUGUAGUUAUGUUCUUUAAUGGUGUAUGCGGCCUCGUCAUUACGAUACCAUUGAUAUAUUUCACGAGCGACGCACCCAUAUUUAAGUUUAUAUCAAUCUAUACCGUUUUGUUAGCAUUACUAGCAGGAAUGGUUGUUUUUUAUUUCGUUUACGUGUACUCAUUUAAUAAAGCUCUAAAACUGCAGAAAGCUGGUAGAGUCGCUCUGCUCUGUAACAUACAGGUAGUUGUCGGUUUCGCCGGUGAACUGCUAAUAUUCAACAACCCACCGACAACGCUGGAACUCGUCGGAGCCGGACUCGUUCUAUUAAGUUCGUUCAUAGUGACAGUUAUAUCCUGGUGUGACAGUGACAGUGGCAAGGUGGAACCGGAACCCUUCACGGUGAUAGAAAAAGAACACGACUCAGGAGUAGAUAGUAUUCAACUUGAUGAAACACAAGCUUCUAUUAAUCUAGACAAGAACCGAGAAAAAUAG